UUUAAGACAUACGAUAACUUUGUUUCAUUAGUUGCAAAAUGUGUUUGGGAAAUAAUAGAUAAAGAUAGAAGAGGUAAGGUAUGGCAUGAACAGUUAAAACCAGCAGCUUUUGAGUUAAAGAAAACCAUUGACGCCUUAGUUGUUCUAGCUGGUUUUAUUUCAAUGUAUAACGCAAAAAUGAAUCCGCAAUGUUCAAAAUGUAAAGCAGCAAUAAGAAAAUAUAACUACUCAAUCAAAGAGAUAGAAAGAAUGCGAAACGACUAUGCAGACUUAAAGAAGAAGCAGAAAAGCCAGCAGAAGAUAAAAAUGGAUAUGUUGACAUUUCUGAACAAAAACUAUCCAACUGCAGAAGAUUUCCUUCUGUCUGACGUCAAGAAGAAAUAUAAAGAGACUUUCGGCAUGAUUAAAACAUUCGAUGUACUAAAAGAAGAAAUUGAAGCUACGAAAUUGUUUAGGAUUUCAAAUAUACAUCGUACAAUUCAUGUAAAACGCUUGUGA